AUGUUUGUUCUGAUCUGGGCGACUCUUCUCUUCUUUAUCAGAGGCAUCGCUGCUGAAGCAGAUAUGAGGAACAUUGUAAUCACAGGGAAUACAGCUGUUGAGGUGGGAGACGCUCUGAAUUUAACCUGCAGUGUUGAAAGCUUUCCUCCAUCUCAUAUCACAUGGACCAACACACACCUGUACAACAGACCCGCUACUAACCUGCAGAGCAACACUGGAUCAGCCACACUUGUCAUCCCGAAUGUGAAGACAGAAUAUUCUGCACGGUACAUCUGUACAGCACAACACCUGAACACGACUGUGACGACAUACGCUGAAGUAACAGUGAUUUUGUUUUCAAAGAUCUUAAAAAACUCUGGCUGUGUGGUUCAGUCGGAGGUCCUGAAUUGUGUGUGUAUCACUGAAGGCUUUCCUUUACCCACCAUCACAUGGCCGCUGUUGAAGAAACACACAGAGUACUCUGUCAUUACAUCUGUGUCAAACCACACAGUCAACAGCACCGUCAUCCUACCUGCAAAAGACCUCAGCAACACUUCCGUUGAGUGUGUCAGCAGCAAUGGACAUGGGGAAGCAAAACAAACCUUCACCAUCCUAAGAUCCAACACGUCGGAACAAGCGGGUAAAUUCAAUGAAAUAUUAAACAUUGUUUCACGGCUGGAAGUCAUCAUUGCCUUUUUGAUUGGGAUACUUCUUUCAGCAGUCAUUUGCUGUGUGGCCACACAAUGCCUCAGAAAAAAUAAGAAAAACUCUGUAAAACUGGAUGAGACUCUGGAGAUGGUGACCAGCGAAGAGGAUCCACUGGUGUUGUGUAUGGAUGCUGCUCAAGCAGUGGAAGAGGAUCAGACCUACCAAGAGGCAGCUGAAGGAGGAGGAGCUGUGGCAGCAGAGAGAGCAGCCACUGAUCUCGAUGGUGGACCCAAAGAUGUGGAGUACGCUAGCAUCAAUUUCUCCAUGUUGACAAGAAAGAGUCAGAGGGAGGCAGCAAAGAAGCAAGAGACCACAGAGACGGAGUACGCUGAAAUUAAGAAAGAGGUAAAAGAGGAAAGAGAUGACAAUGGAGGAGAGGAAGGUUGUGUGUUGGAGGGCAAAGAGGAGGAGGAGGCGCAACCUUGUGUUCCUAAAGAGGAGGAAGAGGAGGAUGUGGCAGUGUACUCCAAUGUGAAGGACAUAAUGGGUGAGAUUUGAGCACUGUUGCAUAGUGGAGUUGCGCUACGAUGAAGUUUCUUUGCUCUCAUCAGUUGUGAUGGAUUGAUGUACUGGAUUGACACACCUGUGAAUGAAUGGCGUCCUGUGAGCAGCUGUUUUCUUCAAACGUCACAUUCAGCAAGCGCUAAACUGAAGUGACUGAGACGCAUCACACCUCGACAUGUGGGAGGCUGUGCAAAGCCAUUCAUUCAGCUCAGGGUGGAAUGGAAGAGAAUUUCUUACUCAAAUGUUUUUGUGCUUUAAUGUGUUUACCGUUCAUAAACUUUCCAGAUAAGUUUGACCCACAUCAAUGAAAAGUUGACACCGGUAUUUUGGGACAACCACCUCUGCUCUGAGUGUUCUUUUGUUUGAUACAUUUUAUUUAACCAGGAUAAGCAUGGGUCUUAAGUGUCCCUCUGGUCAGCCCAAAGCUCUUUAGAGGCCCACAUUUCUCUGCCUCAGGUACAAAUGAACCUUCACGUUCACCGUGUAGCAAAGAGGUUUCUCUUUUUCAGCGUGCUCUUGGGAUGGCAACGCUUUGUUAGACUGCUUUGGACCAGACUGGAAUAUCUCAACUAUGAUGGAUGUUCGUAUACAGACUCAAACCUCAAUGUUUUGAAUUUCUCCAUUCUGUUUUAUAUAUAUAUAUUAUUAUGAAGAAUUGCUGAAUUACAAAUUACAGCUCGGUAUGCCUUUUCUUUUUUUAGCUUUUCAUUUGAUCAGUGUUUUCAAACUUAUAACACAUUUAGCCCGAUUUGUCUCUAAAGGCCUGUUAGUGUUCUUUAGUAAGAAGUCAUACAUUGCUUCCCUUUUUUUAAUGUGUUACAGGAAUCAUCUUGACUCAAGUACUAAAAGUGAACAGUAUCUGGCACAUGUGUUUGUCUGAAUAAUGAAAUCUUUGAGUGGUCCGUUACCACGAAGCCUUUCUAACUACAGAACCUGUGAACACUGCAGAAUGUACCAGAAGUGAGUGUUCAGUAUGUGUAACUGAUGAGGCCAAAGGUGAAGUCAGUUUAUUAUCUAGCACCUUGAAGUCUCAACAGGAAGUCAUUGGAGAGAAUCAAGUGAUGCUUUAUUAGGCAAUGUUUAAGUGAAGAACCACUUCAGGGACUUUUCUGAGAACAUAAAGGUGUUACAAUAAACCAUAUUGUUAAAAAUAGAAGUUCUUUCUAAGAUGCUUCAUGCAGUUGAAACAGGAACUAAGAUUUAAAUACUUUUUAGUUGCAGGUUUUUAAUGCACUUAAUCUUUGAUGGAAGUUGUACAUAAUUAAACUAAUGAUUAAACUAAUGACUUUUACAAUGGGCCAUCAUUAUUUAACUGCCGAUAUUAACAAGUAAUACAAACCAUUCACAUGCAUGCACAUCACUCUGCACGUAAUGUAUCAUGCCUACAAUGUAGAAGGAUAGUUUGUACAUAGAAUGUUUGGUUUCUUACAGUGACACAAUUUUCUCAAGCAGCCAUAUGGUACUUCCCCUUUCUCAGUUGUUCACCCCUUCACAGUCUUGUACCUGAUCUAAUAAAUAAAUAAAAUAAGACUUG